AAUACGCGGCAAAACACAUACAUCACGGCAGGGGCAGCACCGGCACGUAGGUCAACUACAAGCACCUGCCUCUGCUGCACUAUACAGAAAGCUCGCCGUCGAUCGAAAUGCCUCCUCGCAGCCGCGUCCCCGCCGGGGCGGUCAUCCUUUUCGUCGUCGUGGCCAUCCUCCUCGUCAUCGACGGAGCCGACGCCUGGGGCUACAGGCGGGGCAGCCAGGCGUCCCGCUUCCUGGCGUCGCACAACGCGGCGCGCCGCGCGGUCGGCGUGCGGCCGCUGGCGUGGGACGCAGGUCUGGAGCGGCACGCGCGCAGGUACGCGGUGCAGCGCGCGCGCGCCGGCUGCGCCCUCGUGCACUCGCACGGCCCGUUCGGGGAGAACCUGUUCCGCGGCAGCGGCGUGGGCGGCAGCGGCGGGUGGACGCCGGAGGCGGUGGUGGCAGCGUGGGUGGUGAAGGAGAGGGCCAUGUACAGCGUCCAGUCCAACUCAUGCCGCGGCCCCCGGGGCGCGUGCGGGCACUACACGCAGAUCGUGUGGCGGGGCACCACCAAGGUCGGGUGCGCCAUGGCGACCUGCGCCGGCGGCCGCGGCACCUUCGCCGUCUGCGUGUACAACCCGCCCGGUAACUACGCCGGCAUGAAGCCCUACUAGAGACUGCUUCUGUGUACCCGAUCGACGUGCGCGCGGAUAUAUUGUUGUGCGUGCACGUUCCGGCCGGUGUGUGAGGGCGUUCGAGAAUGUCGUCGCGCGCGUCGACGAUUAUUCUGGGAGGCUGCAUAUAUAUUGGGUUGAUUUGUUCACGUGGAUCGUUUACAUGGAUCCACCGGUUUGUAUAUUGUUGAAUUCGUUAUUCGUUUAUGCUUGGUGAAAUGGAGGUAAUAAGUUGGUUUGAA